GUUCCAGUCAGUGGCUGCUCCUUCACGGCUUGGCCGAUGUGCAUGCAUCCUUGCUUGCGCCACCUCGCUCGUGAGCAACCAUCCCUUCGCAAGCCAACCUACCGACCGGAAACUCAACGUUGUAGGGUUUGAUUGAAAAAAACGCGGCCUUGCAAGAGAGGGCACGUGUGUACGAGUCGCUCGCAGCGCUUGCGGUUGCUUGGGUCGUGGAGCAGUGCAUGCACGACCCGCCGCUCUUGCCCGCUGCCCGGCUUCAUGGACGGCCACUCCAUGUAUGUGGGCUGCGACUCCCGCACCUGCCGCCGCCCCGCACUGCUGCCUGACGUCAUCACCCGCCUCGUGUCGACCGUCAACACCGGUGAUGGUCAGCCAACUCCUGCUACGGGCGCUACUGGUGCUCAAGAUGGCUUUCAAGGCACCGGUCAUAACAACGACUGCGCCACCAACCCCGACCAGCCCGCCCUCAUCAAGUGCUGUAUGCCACGCACUCGGGUCACCUGCGCACCACUGCUGCCCUGCGACGUGGCGAUCCUGCCCGCGCGCCUGAUGAAGCUCGCGGGCGUCCCCGAGCCGCCCAGCCCGGAGCCGCCCAGCCCGGAGCCGCCCAGCCCGGAGCCGCCCAGCCCCGCGCCACCUGCGCCGCCGAGCCCCGAGCCUCCCAGCCCCGAGCCGCCGAGCCCAGCGCCUCCUAGCCCUGCGCCACCAUCGCCUGAGCCACCCAGCCCGGAGCCACCCAGCCCGGCACCUCCGUCGCCGGAGCCACCCAGCCCCGCGCCACCUGCGCCGCCCAGCCCCGAGCCUCCAAGCCCGGCGCCUCCGUCACCUGAGCCACCCAGCCCCACGCCACCUGUGCCUCCCAGCCCCGAGCCUCCAAGCCCCGCGCCACCUGCGCCGCCCAGCCCGGAGCCGCCCAGCCCGACGCCACCUGCGCCGCCCAGCCCCGAGCCUCCAAGCCCUGCACCUCCCAGCCCAGAGCCGCCUAGCCCCGCGCCUCCCAGCCCGGCGCCACCGUCCCCGGAACCGCCGAGCCCAGCGCCUCCUAGCCCCGCGCCACCAUCGCCUGAGCCACCCAGCCCGGAGCCACCCAACCCGGCACCUCCAUCGCCGGAGCCACCCAGCCCCGCGCCACCUGCGCCGCCCAGCCCGGAGCCGCCCAGCCCCACGCCACCUGCGCCUCCCAGCCCCGAGCCUCCAAGCCCGGCGCCUCCGUCACCUGAGCCACCCAGCCCCACGCCACCUGCGCCUCCAAGCCCGGAGCCUCCAAGCCCCGCGCCACCUGCGCCGCCCAGCCCGGAGCCGCCCAGCCCGACGCCACCUGCGCCUCCCAGCCCCGAGCCUCCAAGCCCGGAGCCACCUGCGCCGCCCAGCCCGGAGCCACCCAGCCCCGAGCCACCUGUGCCGCCCAGCCCGGAGCCGCCCAGCCCUGCACCUCCCAGCCCGGAGCCGCCUAGCCCCGCGCCACCUGUGCCUCCCAGCCCGGAGCCACCCAGCCCCGCGCCCCCUGUGCCGCCCAGCCCGGAGCCGCCUAGCCCCGCACCACCUGCGCCGCCCAGCCCGGAGCCACCCAGCCCCGCGCCACCUGUGCCUCCAAGCCCAGAGCCGCCUAGCCCUGACUGCCUCACGGGCAUGCGAGGCGUCGCCGGCCUGACCAACGCGACAGCCUCCGUCAAGUCUGACGCCUUCCUCCAGGCCUGCGGCAAGCUGCCUGCCGCUACGCCGACCAAGUGCAACUCCGUGGCGGGCACCAUUCUCUCUGCCGGCACCAGCUCCAACAUCGCGGCUCGCGCGGGCAUGCUGUGCUCGGCGCUGGAGCUAUGCUCAGUCGCCGUGGGAUGCUCGGCGCUCAGCGCCGGCAGCCUUACGGGCGCGUUGGACCUGUGCUCAAAGGAGGGCAUUGCAGGAGGCGCCGCCACGCCGCUGGCCGGGUCGGUGCAGCCAGAUGCCGGAAGCUGCACAUCCAGCGCCAACUGCACCGUCAGCGCGGGCCAGCUGUGCCAGAUUCCCGACGCCGGCGCCCAGCAGACCUGCUCCUGUGUGGCUGGCCGCGACGUGUGCUUCAGCCUGGGCACGUGCGUAAGCUACUGCUCGCUCAACAGCACGCUGUCCGCCCUGGCUGAGCUCAAUGCCGGCGUGACCAGCUGCGACCCAACCAGCAGUUCGCAGUGCGGCGUGGGCGAGACGUGCACGGCUCCGGCUGCGGGUAGCACGUGCCAGCGCUGGAGCUGCGACGCGACCAGUCAAAAGCUGGUGCAGGCCGCGUGCACGGGUGUGUGCGUGCCUCAGACCCUCAGCAUGACAGCAGCUGCCGUUUCGGACGACGGCCGCUCCAUCCGUAUCACCCUGAGCGGCUUUGCAGCCCCGCUGACGCAAGUGCUCUGCACGACCGUCUUUGACUCGGCGUCUGCCGCUCUGGUCGGCGGCGCGAGCAGUCUCUGCAGCACCAGCGGCGCCACGCUGACUGUGCAACUGGCAGCCAAUGCCACUCUCAAGGUUGGCUCCAGCCUGGCACUGCUGAGCCAAGGCACGGCGCUCGUGAGCGCCGCCAGUGCCAAGGCCGUCUUUGCGGGCUCAGUUCAGGUGGCUGGUUGCGCCAGCUGUGAGCUCCCCAAGCCCCGUGUCACUGGCCCAGCCAUCAUCACUCAGCCAUGCGAGACUGCUGGCGGGGCGUCGCUGGGUUUGGGGGCGGCGCUUGCGCUGCCGCCCACCUUUGAUGCCUCCACCUCCACGGACCCCUCCGGCCGCGCUGAGUGGCAGGAUGUGCGGUGGGCCCUGCCCCCGUCUGUGACCGACUCCUCCCUGCAGGCGGCCGUGGCUCGCACCAACGGACUAGCCACGGCUCGUGACCGGUUGCGCCUCUCGCUUACAGCUGCUGAGGCAACCUCGCUCGCAGACAGCAACAGCUACGCGCUGACCGUCACCGUGACGUCUUGGCUCGGCGCGUCUGCCAGCGCCACGUUCCUCUUCGCCAAGGCCUCCACCGCCUCCAAGCCCAGCUUGACGGUGGCAGGCUCGACUCAACAGUCUUUCAAGAUCUCUGGCGGCAUCAAGGCUUCUGCAGAUGCCGGCGCCGUGUGCAAAGGCCGCUCGCUGGAGUGGCUGUGGACCGCUGUGUCUCCCGCCAGCUGGCCGGGCCUGCCCGCGGCGGGCGUGAGCGGGCAGCAGCUGUUCGUGGCCCCGCCUGUGCUGGCGGUGCACGGCCAGACCAUUGCCCUGCGGGUGUUUGCCAACUACGCCAACGAUCCGUUAAGUGAGGCCGCGGCGGACGUGCAGUUCACUGCGGUGGGCUCCGCGCCCGUGGCCACUCUCACGGGGCCCAGCGGAGACGUGACGGAUGACCAGCCCAUCGUGCUCAACGCCACGGCCAGCGCCGACCCCGACUCCACGCCCUCGCUUCAGCGCCUGCGCUACACCUGGUCGUGCCGCCGUGAGGACUACCCCACGCCGUGCUUCGCCAGUGCAGACCAAGGCGACCAGACCGCAACGCCUGGCGUGUGGUCUCUUAAGGCCGGAACCCUGACCAACGACAAGCUUCACACAUUCACCAUCACUGUGUCCAAGGAGGUGGCCGCCGGCGCAAACCCCCUGAGUGCCACCGCCUCCAUCUCCGUCCGCCCGCGCUCUGCCGCUGUGUCCUUCCCUCGCGGCAGCCUCAAGCGCCAGUGCGGCCUAUCCGGCUGCACCGCACCGCACAGCACUGACCGGCCGCUUGUGCUGGCGCUGGUGCUGGAGUCUGCUUUCACCGCAGCCACCGUGACCUGGAGUAGCGUCGAGGCGCCGGCUGUGUCGGGCCUUAUCGCCGCCUCCUCCGCCACCGAUCCCACCCGCUACCUGACUGUCCCCGCGGCGCUCCUGCCUGGUAACCGUGCAUCGCUCACUAUUUCGGCGAACCUGUCCCUCGCGGGUGUUACCGGCCUCGCCACCACCACCGUGUCGCUGAACAGCGCUCCCAGCUGCACCCUCGGCGAAUCUACGUCGGCGUGUCUGGUUCCGACCAUGCUCAAUGACACAUUCCCCGGCGCGGCAGUCUCGCUGCUGGCCCAGGGCUGGGCGGAUGCGCAAGACGACGCCCCACUCCUGCGCUACGAGUUUGGCGUGCGCACGGUCGCUGGCGGUGGGCGGACUACGGACAACGUGCAGCAGAUUGGAGGCUCAGCGAGCAGUACGCCACUGGUUGGCCUACCCGUGGGCAACUCGACGCUGUAUUGCUGUGUUAUUGACACGGCGGGCUCUCGCACAUGCGCCACCACCGUCGUGACUGUGAAGCCCCCGGGUGCCGACUUCAACGCGGCUGCGGCGCUGGCGUCCGUGAACGUCUCCGCCCUGGCGCAGGCUGGCGAUCAGCGCACGCUGUUGCAGGCGGCUUCGCAGAUGUCCCAGCUCGUGGCGGUCAUGGGCGGAAGCACUGGCGGCAACAGCUCCAGUGCCACUGCCCCUACCGCCGAGCAGCAGCAGCUGGUGGCUGCCCGCAGUGCACUGCUCAUCAGCGCCAUCCUCAGCGGCGCGUCCCUGGACGACCCCGAGCAGCGCACGCAAGCCAUCUCGGCCAUCGCCGCCAUCGCCUCCAGCGCUGCAUCCAUUGUCACGGAUGACUCCCGUCAGAUGUUUGCGGAUGCAGCCCUCAAGGCCGCUGAUAGCCUCAGCUCGGGCAGCAACAGCGGCGGUCUCACCGACCUGGCCACCCAGCUGUGCCGGCUGCUUGGCGCGGCGCUCCCGACUGGGGGAAGCAGCGGCGCCAGCGCACGCGGCGGCCGGCGGUCGCUGCUUGACACCACAUCUGCGGCCCAGGGCAGUCUCCAGAACCUGCUGGACGUGUCGCGCAAGAUCGCCAACGCCCUCGGACAGCAGGCUGUGCUUGGCGGUGACAACGAGGCGGCUGGUGACUCUGGCGUGUUCGUGUCCGUGGGGGCGCUUCCCCCUUCCACGACGGGUGGGAACGGCUCGGUGGGCGUCACCGUCACAGCCGGGCCCGCGACGUCGUCCUCGGCUCCCACCUCCUCCACCACCUCACCCGUGUCAUCACGCCGCGCCCUGACCAGCCGCCGCAACCUCGCCCAGACCACCACCACCACUGCCACUGGUGCCCGGGCCGCCCUGGUGCUGAGCGGCGCCCUUGCCAGCGGCACCGCCGGCUACGGCCUCGUCCUGAGCUACGCCCCCUCCGCCUCCGUCGCGCUGCAGCAGGCGCUGGCCGCGUCGCUGCCCAGCACCUCCACCCUGCGUGGCGGCCUGGCGACUGUGGGCUGGACAUCGGGCUCGUCGCCUCCUGCCCUGGACGGCACCAGCAGCUACGUGCGCCUGCAGCUGCCCGCCCCUGGCUACGACGCGACGCGGUCCGGCAACUGCGCGCGGUAUGACGACACCAGCAAGAGCCUGGCCGCCGACGCAAAGCCCGCCGUGUUCGAGUCCUAUGACAGCGCCACGGGCCUUGUGACCUGCCGCGUGGCGGUGGUGGGCAGCUAUGCGGUGCUGCAGGGCGCCAAGCUGGUCUUUGCCUCAGUGCCGCCGACCAGCAGCCAGCAGCCGGCGCCACCGAUGGCCACUGACGCCCCGCCGCCUCCGAACGGUGUUGACCAGAGCGCACAGGUCAAUACCAGCGGUGGAAGCAAAUCGCUCGCUGCUGGCGCUAUCGCUGGAAUAGUCGUGGGUGCAGUUGCCGGUGCAAUCCUCAUUGCGGCAGUGGCACUGGUAGUCGUGCGCCGCCGCCGCGGGCGGCAUGCUGUGUCGCCUGUCGCGCCUCAAUCAGUAGAGCCGCCGGGGGUCACAGUCAUCGCCGUGGCCGCCGCACAGCAUCCGCCGGCGCCGCAGCAGCCAGCUGGUGUGCACAACUGGUCUCAGCCACAGCCCCAUGAGCAGCAGCCGCGGCAGGAGCCGGAGCAGUACAAGUAAUAGGUCGAUUGUGUGUAUGUGCGGUUGUUGCAUUCAGUAGCCGUGUACAGGUUGAAUCUUGCGCAUGAACCCGCUCCCCCUGAACUGCGUACGAUCAUCUUCCGCAUUAGAGCCCGCACAGCAUUGCUGAACUCCAGGGCGCCUUGAUCGGCCACCUUUCAUGUCUUCUAAGUUUAUCAAGGUUUAUCAUCAUGUUUAUUUAUGUGCGUGCUUCCUUCCCCUGAACAAAAGGGGCGGCCCUUGAACCUACCUGCAUGCAAGCUUACCCUUCUUGAUAACAGUUCAGUUGCGUGCUUCGGUGUGCGACCAUCCAAGCAUGUGCUCACCAGCUGACGUGUGUGGGGCAAGCGAAACCUCAGCCUCCCGUGAAUCUCAGCGGUGAUGCCACCGCCAUUCAUGCAGCUUGGUGUGUGUGUGUCUUUCGGUCUUUCCCUUGGACAGCGUCCGUGUGUUACUGAAGAUGGUAUUAACAGAAACAAUGCGAAGCAGAGAAAGCCAGCGAGCACAACGUUGGAGAGGCGUGGAGGCUGGAGGUGUUCCAGUACCAAAUAAGAUGUGCGUGUGUAUUGUGGACGGCAGGGAACAUGAUUCAUGCCGGUAGCUCCUUGGCUUGGCAUGUGUGAAGGCGAGUCACUGGAGUCAGGGAGCUUACAGGCGAGGGUAGCUAGGUGCGUGGUGCCCAGCAGCCUAAUACCUCGGAGCCUGGCGGGGUGGCUACGGGGCAGGCGUGCGGCAUUGUGGUGGGACAUUGCCUGCGCGCGCUGCCAACAUACCGCAUGAUUACGGCAUGAUCGGUCGUCACCGCGGUAAACCAGCACGUGGUGUGCCACACAUUGGUUAAGCCCCCAGCCUAGGCAUGAGGGCCCGCCUCGCUCGUCGAGGGGUGCCCCGGAUUAAGCAUUGCGCGCGGCGCGGCUCCCAGUCGCCAUCUGGCUGAAAUCGGCUGCGUCGUCCAU